GGCGUGGCCUCGGCGGGCCCGCGCCGAUAAGAGGCAGUGUCGGCCGUUAGCGUCUGGAGCAGGUCCCGUGAGCGCAGCGGGGAGAAGGCAGGUUGCACCGGCCUGCUUUCUUCUCAGACCUCCUUGGAAGGCCCUGGCGGUCGGGCCUGGACGUUGGCAGGCGGGCCGCGGACGAAGCGGCCGCCCCGCCGCUUCCUUUCCUCACACCCCCUGCCUAGGAGCCAACAUGGCGGGCGGGCCUUGCGGCCCGCUGCAGACGGUGCUCCUGGCCGUCUUGUUCGCAGCGGUGGUGGUGGCGGCGGCCGAACCUGAGCAGGCCGCGCCGCCGGCGGAGCGGAGCCUGGUCCAGCCCAUGACCGCCUCCAACUGGACGCUGGUGAUGGAGGGCGAAUGGAUGCUGAAAUUUUAUGCCCCUUGGUGUCCAUCUUGCCAGCAGACCGAUGCCGAAUGGGAGACAUUUGCCAGGAAUGGUGAAAUACUUCAGAUUAGCGUGGGGAAGGUAGAUGUCAUUCAAGAACCAGGUUUGAGUGGCCGCUUCUUUGUCACCACACUACCAGCAUUUUUUCAUGCAAAGGAUGGGAUUUUCCGCCGUUACCGGGGCCCGGGAAUCUUCGAAGACUUGCAGAAUUAUAUCGUAGAGAAGAAAUGGCAAUCAGUUGAGCCUCUGACUGGCUGGAAAUCCCCGGCUUCUCUAACAAUGUCUGGAAUGGCUGGUCUUUUUAGCAUCUCUGGCAAGAUAUGGCAUCUUCACAACUAUUUCACAGUGACUCUUGGAAUUCCUGUUUGGUGUUCUUAUGUCUUUUUCGUCGUAGCCACCUUGGUUUUUGGCCUUUUCAUGGGUCUGGUCCUGGUGGUAAUAUCAGAAUGUUUCCAUGUACCACGUCCCAGGCAUUCAUCUGACCGUUCUGAGCAGAAUCAGACAUCAGAGGAGGCUCAGAGGGCUGAACAGUUGCAGGAUGCAGAGGAGGAAAAAGAUGAUUCAAAUGAGGAGGAAAACAAGGACAGCCUUAUAGACGAGGAGGAGGAGGAGAAAGAAGACCUGGGAGAUGAGGACGAAGUGGAAGAAGAAGAGGAGGAGGACAACUUGGCUGCUGGUGUAGAUGAGGAGAGGAGUGAGGCCAAUGACCAGGGGCCUCUGAGAGAGGGCAGCGUGGCUGAGGAAGAAGUGGGACCGGAGAAGACCGAAGGGGACAUUCCUGAGCAGCCCUCUUCAGCUGACACACAAAUGGCGGGAGACUCGUUGAGGCAGCGCAAAAGUCAGCACGCUGAUAAGGGACCAUAGGCUUUAUGAAGGUUUUUCCAGUAAUAGAGACCAAGGGAAUGAGUCCCUUUCCCUCUGGUCUGCAGUUUAAACCAAAUCUUUACUUCUUCUUGAAUGAACACCCUUCUCUCUUAAAAGGAUCCCAAGUCAUGUGGUCUCAAGGCAUUAAGCCUCAUGUAUAUUAAUGAGAAUCUUUCAAGCAUGAUAAUCAGGAAACAGACAAAUGUGGUGUUAGGGUCUGUUUGGGGACUAACGACGGGAACAAGUUUAUUUACUCGGGGCUGGAGAGUCUUGGCAAGAGGAGGCAAUCCCAGCUCCCCAUUAGCCCCUGCUAGAAAUUACAGGCUGCAGACUCCAUAAAAUGAAAGCAAAGCGUCCUUUCCUCCUGAGCAUCCUCAAAAGGGUAGCAGAAGUCUUGCUUCCUCUGCUUGUCUAAGUAUUUAUUUUUGUCAAACUUUGUAAGAAACAUCAAGCAGCAUAUUGUAGGAACACUUUAAGAGAUUGAAAUUGAGAGGGCUUGGAUAGUAUUUUGGAAAGGAGCUUGGAAGCCAUCCCAAUCCUCUAAAUCACCUUUGUUAUCCUUUAUUUCUUAUCUUUAAUUUUUUUCCAACUCUUUCUACAUGGACUUGUUGGUUCCGGCACUCUUCACAGUCCCCGCUUAGUGAUGGGACUGAGCCACCAGUCAAGUUCAUGUCAGCUGUGUUUAUUCUGACUUAAGGGUUUAGAUAAUCAGGAACCACAGCCUGUGAAGCCAUGACUGCCGUGGAAUGUUGUAACCUUCAGCGAUUCAAAAGGAGGUGGGAAUUUUACAGGCGAGGUUUUCUUUUUUUUGCCAAAAUGUGUAAUUUUUUUUCAAAGUGUUCCUUUAUCAGUAUUGUUUUUGCAGCCAAGAGUCCCCUACAGCUUUCCAGUACAAGGUGGCCUUUUGCAGAAAACUUGAAUACUGUUUUAUUUUUGUUCCUAUCUCAAGGGGUUCUCUGGACCCUAAAUCACUUUGAUAAUAACUGCAAAACCACUUCUGGUUUUCCUUCAGCGAUGUGCUUUUGGGGAAAGAAUUAAUGAAAGUCAGUACCUGAAAAUGAAAGAUUUAGGGUCUUUUCUUUCUUCCUUAAUUUUCUAAAUAAUUGUAUCUUUGUAAAUCUCUCACUACUCAAUCUACUAAAAGUAGCAGGGGAUCCAAUUUCUUAAAAAAAAAAACAAAACCCAUGUAUGUAAAUUUUCUCAUACCUGAUUUAUGUCUUAGAAUAAAUUCAGAAAAUAAGAUCCCAAGCUUAAGAAAGAUGCCUAAAGUUGACUCUCUGCCUCUUGAGUCAGAAUAAUACGGAAUGCAGGCUUAUGAAAUUCAGAAGGCUUCUGUCAUUUUUAAAAUGAAUAUGCAGUAUGCUUCUGUCUGGCUAUUUAGAUAACCCUUUCCUUGUACUAACUACAGUAGGGCUCAUGGCGGGGUUCUGAAGCUCUCUGCCCUCCUGUGGUUGAAUGAUGCUAUUGCCAUUUUAAUAUCCCAGCAAAAGGUAGGGCUUGUUUUGCCAGAAUCUGAUUUUUAGAGAUGGUUAUUCUUCAUCCAAGUCAGUUACCUGACAGCCUCCUUCCCUAGUAAGGUAAGGUUCAUUAAGAGGCUCCAGUCAUUGUGCUCCUCAGCACAGCAGUGGGACAUUGAGUUUGAAGCCAUCAUAGCACUGAUGGACUGGAGAAUCUUGACGUGCCCAUUUCCUGCCCCUGCCGCCAUGUAGUGCUCUGACACCUUGCCCGUCGCACCAUUGUGGCGGUGGCUCUGUCUCCUGAUAUCCGGAAGCCUGUCUGGGUCAGAGCUGAGCAGGGCCUGCCCUCCUGUCACUGGGUUUUUUUCUCAUGAUCAGCUGAAACAACGUUUUCAAAUAUCAAUAAGCUCAAAGUUAGAGGUGUAGAAUAAGAAAGGUUUUGUAGUUUGGCUUUUCUUUAUAGUGCCUUUCCUAAAGUUGAAAUAGUGAUUUUCUUAAUGGAAUAUUUGACUAGAGUGGAGGAAAUGAAGAAAUAAAAUCGACCUUGGCUUUUUAUAAAUUUAAGGCCAAUUUCCAACUGAACUCCAAAUAAUAUCUAAUUGUAGAAUAAGAAAAAUAUCUUUUCUAUCUCAGGAUUACUUUAAAAAUUGGAGGGAGGGGAGAAAAACAUUUUUGGAGAAGCAGAUACAUUAAAAGUUUAGGUAUCUGGUUAUGGGAACCAUUUUACCUCAUUUUCCUUAUUUUUAUUAUCCUGACAAAACAUGGGUUUUUCAUGAAGCACCUGAUCAGUACACAUCUAAUUUCUUUUACACUUGAGGCCUUUAGGUUUGUUUUCAGUACUUAAUAUAAAAUUAAUGGAAAAAAAUUCAAUCUAAAAUAAUUUAAAUCCAAAAUUAUAUCAACAUUUCAAUAAGAUUUUAUGGAUAUCUAAUCCCAAGGUCAAGUACAUGGGAACAUGAUUUUGACUUAAAAGAUAAUCAUGCUUUCCUCUAUUGCAAUAUCAGUUGUUAGAGAAUAGUAUUUUGUGUAAAUGAAAAUUAGGUGGAGUCAAUAAAAGUAACUGUGUGUUUUGGAAUGGGGGUGCAGUGGUUUAUGGGUGAGUCGUGGAGUAGGGUGCCUUUUCAUUGAUUAGAGGGAAAGUUUGAAACUUCUUGCCACUUUCAUUAGUUCCUUUCCUUACUCAUCUAUUGUUAGAUUUGAUAAAUCCCAGCUUGCUUAGAGAUCUCCUAUGGAAGCCACAUACAUAUCCCACCGUUUUUCUCCCUGUGAAGUCUGAGCACUGAGUGGCUAACGGGGCCUGGCACAGUGUGGGUGCAUGCUGACAACCCAGUCUUGUGCUCAUAAUCAGUCAGAUACUGGCUCCUUUAUCCACAUAAAGGAAGUCAAAGUAACUACUGUAUUAAAAAGUAAACCAAACUUUGGCAGGGUUGGUCUUUGACAGUGGAUAAAACCAGUGUUGGCUUUUUACUGACAAACCGUGUCAAUAGCUGUGACAUGGCUACAUGAGGUGGGUACGUGUAAUUCUGCAGAGCCUGCAUGCUGUAACACCUUUGGUGUAGAUGAUAAAGAUGUCUUUGAAGGUGAAUAUGUAGCCUGUGACUUUUUAUAGCUAGGUCCUUCAGGAGUGGAGGGGAUAUGUUGCUUUUACAUGAUAGGACAUUAAAGAGUCAAAAAAAAAAAGAAAAGAUAGAGUAAACCUGAGAUGUCAGCCUAAAACCUUCAAUUGGCAUGAAGCAAGAGAAAGAAGGGGGAGAGGGAUGCUUUUGCUAGUGUGUAUCAAUAGUGUAUCUAUGUAUGAUCUCCAUCUCAGUGUUGAAGUGUUGUUUCUGCUAGUAUUAUAAACCUGUGGCUGGCACAUCCUGUCAAACAUACCAGUGCUUUGGAAAGUAUUCAUAUAUAUCUUUCGUGCCAACAGAAAUGUUCCUUGUUGUUAAUACCUCUUUACCUCAGUCCUAGCUUUUGAUCCUCUUGAGAAAAUAAUAGUUGGUCUUGAAAAAGCCAAAUGUGAAAUCAGCAAGUGUGAUGAAGUCCAAUGGGGCAGCUGUUUGAGCAGCUUUUCAAAGAGGUUCAGACUAAAGGCCUCUGAUACCUUCAGACUAGAAAGUGACCUUCAGCUGGCUUACUCUUUCCGUAGUGUUUCUCGUGGACUAUGACAUUGUAGUUGUAUGACUCAUACAACUUUGAUGUGUUUCUGCUGUAGUGUAAUCAUAUUUGUUACUUAACAGCUUCUUCAUGGGAAUGCAAGUUUUAUAUUAAAAAAUACUACUCAUUUGUAUUGCAGUACAUUAUGAAUUUGUUAUUUAUAUCCUUCGUAAUUUUCUUGAUUAUUUAGCCCAGUGAGAUUUAAUUUUCUCUUUAUCCAUGUAUUCUUUGCUUCUAUAAAUAGCAUCUGUUGCAACAGCAAUGACAUGUCAAGAUAACCAUUUGAAGCAGUAUAUGGCCUGAAUUACAAAUCUCUUCAUCACAAAAUUGUACACAACCCUUGACCCUUUAUGCUUUCAGUUUAUUGUAAUUUUCCAUUUGUGUCAAAACCUAAUGAUAUUGAUGACUAAAUACAGACAAAAUGGUAUAUUUCUUUUCAUAUGAACAGUUUCACAAAAGCCAUUUGCCUAGUCAGUGAAAGAAAUACUACCUUGUUAAAAGAAUAAUUUUCCUGUAUCCAUCCACAGUCUGUUCUCUCUUUCUCACUUCCUUUUCCUCUCUCCUUUUCUCUCCCUCCUCUUCUUUCCCUCUCGUUGUCUCCCUGGCUUUGUGGAACCCAACCCCUGUGCCCUUCAGCUGUUCUGGAAAUUCUGCACUAAACAAAGAACACGUCAAAAAACCCCAAGGCGCCUCUUUGUGCAGCCUGUGGUGUUGCCUAUAGAAACUCAUUACACUCACCUGUCAGGUCUCCCUUCUGUCCACAAGUGUAGGGUGGCCAGGCCGGAGUAGGUGGCAAGGGAUGCUGCUUCAUCCCUCAAGGCACUGUGUGCAGACUGUCCUGGUCUCCAAGGGCAUUCAGAAGACUGGUGUACGCCCAACCCUCCUACCACUAUAGUAGUGGGAGAGCACAAAGGAGGCAAUCUUUUAGAUACCUUUAGGGGCUGAAGUAAUGAAGAUUUGUUUUUUCUAUUAGGGAAGGUGGUACGGGGAUGUGUAGUAAGAAAAUUAUCAAAUGUAUAUAUCACCAGGUUCUUCCCUCAGAAGAACUGGCUCAGAAUGCUUAUAUGCCCAUACAAACAAAUAUGCCCAUUAUGCUGCAUCUCAGCCCAGUUGAACUUGGUCUUACAUCGUUGGUGGUAACAAAACCAGCAGUUUUUGAAGCCAGCAGCACUGAAUCACAAAAUGCAGUCCCAUGCUUUGCCCCUGUCUUGAAGGCUCAUUAGAAUGUGUUCCACAGUAAUAGGAAUUCUUUCUUAGAACACAUGAACUCCUUGAAGUUGAUAACUCUUAUUAGGCUAGGCCAGGCUCUGCUGGUAGACACCCAGAAACCUCCAGGGCAUUAAAAACAAGAAUUUCAUUACUCUUACUAAGUCCAGGGCAGGCAUCCCAGGUAGUAGUGGCUCUGCUCUGUGCAGGUUUUUGUAGGACCCACCCAGGUGAAGGGAGAUUUUGCUGUCUUUAAAAUACAGCUCAGGUGGCUGUGGUCUUUAUCAUCCCAAGCAGUCAAAAUGGAAAAGAGCAUGGAGGAACAUUCUUGGGAGAUUUUAAGGCUAAGUCUGCAAGAGGUACUUAGGAAAUACUUCUGUCCCCCUUCCGUUUUUUUUUUUUUUAAUGAAAAGAUUUAGUUGCAGGAUCAUACCUAACUGAAGGAGAGGCUGAGGAAUGUAAUCUUGCUAUGUGCUCAGGAAGAAAGGGAGAUUAGAGAGGUAGCAAUGACUUUAUCUUACCUUCAUUUGUAUCCCUAGUGUCUGUACAAAGUGAGUUCCUGAGGAAUGUUAGUAGAAUGCACACACGUGGCAGGAGAGGGAAGGAUACAUCCAGACCCAACACUGGUUGUCUUCCUUAUGGACUUUACCAUUAUUGGUCUUCAAGAUACCAGAGUUUUCAAACUAUGUGUUGUGCGUUCUCAUGGAGUUUAUAUUUUAUCUGGAAAAAAUGGGCAACAAACAAGUAGGGUAAGAGCUACAAAUUGAAAAAGGGUGUUAUGGAAGUUUAUAUAAAAAGGAACGUGAGAGCCUGGAUGGUACAUGUGACCAGGAGGGUAAGAAUAGAGGUUUCAGAAACAGAUGGAACCUCUCAGAUAAAUGCAGACAGUUUUUAAGCAGUGCAAGGGAAAAUAGGACUGGCAUUUACCUCAACAAGAGGUUAUUUGUUAAGCCGUCAGUAUAGAUUCUGGGUCUCAUUUUCUUUUUGUAUGGGGCACAGUUUAUUAAUCUUGGCAAGAGGUUUUUAGAGAGAUGCUAUAAAUCUCCUUAAAUGAGUUUCUGGCUAGUAGACAUCUGAUUAUUCAUGUUAACCUAAAAAUUAAUCUUUGGAAAGAUUGAUGCCAUCAGAAAUCUUUGUGUUUUGUUGUCACUGAUGUGUCCCUUCUCUAAAAUUAUCAAUAAUAAUUAGUUACUUGGGUGGAGACCAUAGGAUAUAACCAGAACACAUUUAUGUCCCAAAAGAACAAUCUGCUAGAUUCACAAAAAUUACAGAGCUGUCACUCUGUGGACUGUCUUUCAAACUCUAGCUGUCUGUGUAAUAAGUUCUAAGCAUGAGUCUCAAUAUAAUAAAUGGCAUUAGAAACCAGCAGAUUAUUGGUUAACCAUUGAUUUACUAUUUUAAGAACAAUAUUGUACGGAGUAUUCUAAGGCUUUUCAUAUCCUUGACUCCAGGAGGAGAAAUAGCUGUGCACAUAGCCAUCUAAUUGUAAUAUGGCAUCAAGUCAUUUGACUGUCCUUCAUAAUCUUGAUUCUGCUGAUCCUGGGAGAGUAAGAUUUACCUUCUAUGCUUUUUACUAAUAUAUGAAAAAUAUUGGUAUUUAAUUUAAAACUGGGGGUCUACUGUCAUGCUAGAGCAGAAAGAUGAGCCCCUUCCCUGUGAUUACAGCACAGUCGUAGUGACCGGUUGAAGUGGUGACCUGAAGAAACAGGCCCAUGAGUUUUCUUGGGCAGGGAGGGCUCCCUCAUUCAUAAUAUGAAAACAGAAUGGUGGUUUGGGGGCAAAGCCAUGUCAGGAGAGAUCUGAGCAUCCAAAAAAGGGUUUGAUGAUCAAAGGAAUUUUUAAGUUGUUAGCCUUUAAUAAGCUAACGAUGUGAAUUUCCAAAGAGGAAUUUAGUCUCUAGCCUUUCUGAAACUUAUUUGACAAGCAAUAUUGUGCAACAGAAAAUUUGAAAACUUCCCCAUUACAAAAAUUAGAAAUGUUAGCUAAACUAUAACUGAUAACUUUUAAAAGACAGAGCUGAGCUCAAAAGAAAGCAAAAACCAUUCACAGAGGCCAAAAGCCAUGAAAAAAAUAAACAUAACCUGGCGUGGCACUGCCCUGCUGAUGGUGGUAGGGAUAGAGGUGGAGACCUGAUGCCCUAGGUGACCAGAGAGUGUGUUUUAUUGGCUACAUAGGUACAGACUAUGUGGAUAGGCCUUGACUGUGGCAAGGUGGGAAGCUGGAAUUGAGACUUUAUAAAAAUGCUGGCUAUAUCCUCUGUGGAAAAAAAAAAAAAGAAAAUCUCACUAGCG